AAUUCAGAAAAUAUAAGUGAAGAUCUUCUAAAUGAGUUAAAAUUCUUUAACGAAGUUAGUGGUCAUAUGUGUGUAAUUAAAUGUUUUGGGAUUACUCAAGAUCCUGUUACUUACGAUUAUGCAUUAGUAUUACAGUAUAUGGAGAAUGGUGAUUUACGAAAAUAUCUUAAACGAACUGCUAAUAUAAUUACAUGGGAUCAAAGACUAAAUAAAAUAUAUGAUAUUUGUCUUGCACUUAAUAAUAUUCAUGUUCACGGGUUAAUUCAUAAAGACCUUCACCCAGGAAAUAUUUUUAUUGAUUCUACAUUUGCAUAUAUUGGAGAUUUUGGAUUUUGCAUGCCAGCAAACGAAAAUUUAUCAAAUUCUACAAAUAAGAAUAUUUAUGGAGUAAUGUCAUACAUGGCACCUGAAAUAUUACGUGGAAAACCACAUACUUUAGCAUCUGAUGUAUAUUCAUUAGGUGUGAUUCUAAAUGAAAUAAUUACAGUAAUCCCGCCAUUCAAUAAUCAACCACAUGAUCAAUAUCUCGCACUGGAUAUUUGUCGAGGUUUACGUCCAAAUAUUAAAGCAGAAACUCCAUAUUCUUUAAAAGAAUUAAUUGAAAAAUGUUGGAAUGCGAAUCCAGAAGACCGACCGGCUUCCAAAGAAAUUUUAUAUUUAUUAUCAGAUAAGCUUAGUGAAUAUAAAAAGAUGCCAAUAAGAUUAUCAUACAAUCUUAAUGAAUCAAAUGAACUACAAUCACAUCCCCAAGCUAUCUAUAAAAGUCGACUUCUCAAUUUUCAAAAUUUACCAGAACCCAUAAACUGCCCAAAUCAUCAAGAAUUUGUAUCUUCAAGACAUAUUAUGAAAAUACAGACAGGUGAUUUUAUUAUAAUGAUUUCUUUUAUCUAUUUAAAUUAAUUAAAGUUAAAUAAAAAAAAUUUACGUAUUAUAGGGCAAGUUAAUACUCUUCAUUCUGAUGGAUGCUCGGAUUGUAUUAUAGACGGAACUCAAGUUUGAUAUGAAUGCAACGAAAUUUUUUUAUUUUUUUGAUAUACUGUAUAUCAAAGGAAUUUACCAUAUACCAUAUUUAAUUAUUUUAUUUAUUCUAUU